CGCGGAUGGGUUAUGUGUUACGCUCGCGCCCGCCGUCGCCGGACGUUCCUCGGGCACGUCGCGUGUCGCGCCGAGCUCGAGACGAGCGGAGCGUCGCGUCCACGCGAGCGAGCGCGCGCGCGCGCGCGCGCUCCUUCCAUCAGCCUGUUGUCAAAAUCAGCUGCCAUUGCUGACUCUCCUUCUCUUUCUCUAUUUUCGCUCGCCAUGCCAGCCGUCGCAUCGGCGAUCUCGCGACGUUCGCGUCUCGCCCGCAGGGUCCGCUCCGGUCCGUCUCUUGGCGCUAUCGCGCCUUCGGGAGGAAACCGCCGAUAAACCGUCGCACACUUUCCUUGUGUACCGAUUGAUUCGCCGUCAAGGCUCGAGAGGUCGGAACCUCGAUUUAUAUCCGCAAAGCGAGGAGAAAGAGACGCCCCAAGGUAGAACGCUCGUCAAAGUUUGCGCGAGCGGCAAGUGGGUGGUGAAUUUAAUUAAGGACGAUAUAGAGGGCAAGGGUAGGAGAUAAGUACGAAAGUGGUAAAUGCAGUGGCUGAGGAAGCGAUGGACCCCACGUCGAUGUUCGUCACGUACACUCCUCAAACAAACGGAGUCCCGAUGGAGUCCAAGCUUGCUACCUACAUGAAUCGCCCGAGCGGCAUAGGCGUGAGCGCCAACUCGGUGACCAAGCACAUGUCCGGUCUUUCUCUGGAGCCGCAGAAGAAGGUAACUGCCAGUUCCGAGUUCGUGCCAGGGAGAGUCCUUACGGGCAGCAACAGCAGCUCGCCGAAUCUCUUUAACAACUCCUACACUCAUUCGCAAGAGAACGUAGGUGGCACUACAUACUUCUAUUUCGGCAACGCCGGCAGCGACGCUGUUGGAGCCGAGGAUGGCACCGAGGCCAUCGGACCCAUGGCAGCAGGGCACAUUGGCUACGUCUAUCCGGGCACACCCUCGCAUCUGCAGCCUGUGAAGACGACGAAGCCACCCUCGUCUAACAAUUCGUCCGCCCCCUCCACACCUCCCCCUCAGGCUGCCUCCAGCUUCUUCGUCGGCGACAGCUUGCGACUGGACAUCCUGCAGAAGAACGCGUUGACGUUGGCACAGCCCGAUAUAGUGCGGUUUCCCGACUUGCCCAACGAGGUUGACAAUUACCACGAGUUAUGUCCUUUAGAGCCAGUCCACAAGCCCGCCUCGACGGUCCUUGGAUAUCAAACUUCCACGUACAAGGCCACCAGUAUCAAGACUGGCACGCGAUACUGUUUACGUCGUAUUCAUGAUUUUCGGCUCGCCAACACCAAGUGCACGGUACUGGUCGAGAUGUGGAAGCGAUUGUCGCAUACAAAUCUGGUCCAGUUGAGAGAAGUCUUUACCACAAAGGCGUUCGGUGAUCAUUCCAUGGUUUUUGUAUACGAUUAUCACCCUGCCUCGGAGACAUUGCUGAAUAAACAUUUCGCCUCGACGGAGCUGAACGGUUACACCGACCCGUUCUCCUCGGAUCCCAACGCGCCACGGCCUUAUAGUCAUACCAAAAACACUAUUCUAAGACAGCAGCACAGUAGCAUGCUACCGGAAAGUGUUAUUUGGAGCUACAUUAUUCAACUCACUGCCGCAUUUCGUGUUAUUCAUGCCGCUGGUUUGGCGUACAGAUGCUUAGAUCCCACCAAGGUACUACUUACAUCGCGGACACGACUCCGUCUGAGUUGCGUCGCCAUUCCAGACGUGGUCACUCUAGAUGGGAACACCGCGAAUCCACUCACCCUCAUCCCACAUUAUCAGCAGGAAGAUUUAGUGGCACUCGGCAAGCUGGUCUUAGCGCUGGCAUGCCGGAGUCUACUCGCCGUCCACCGCGACAAUAUGUCAGCCUCCAUCGAGCUGAUCACACGUUCCUACUCCACCGACCUUCGAAAUCUUAUCCUGUACUUGCUGUCAAAUCAACCCCGUAAGAGUGUCACGGAUCUCAUGCCAAUGAUUGGUGCGCGGUUUUAUACGCAGUUGGAUGCCGCCCAGUUACGUUUGGAUGUUCUAGAGAAUGAACUCGCCAAGGAAUUGGAAAACGGACGGCUAUUUAAAUUACUGGUCAAGCUGGCGACCAUCAACGAAAGGCCGGAGCUUAAUAUGGAACCAACAUGGGCAGAGACGGGCGAUCGUUACAUGCUCAAAUUGUUUAGGGACUACGUGUUCCAUCAAGUGACAGCUGAUGGAAGGCCCUGGUUGGACUUUGCGCACGUUGUAGCUUGCUUGAAUAAGCUCGAUUCAGGCUCGCAGGACAAGAUAUGCCUCAUGUCUCGAGAUGAGCAGAGUGUUUUAGUGGUAAGUUAUGCGGAGCUACGGCAGUGUCUGGAAACGUCAUUUGGCGAACUGGUACAAUCUACAAAGGAUGCUGUUUAAGGAUGUGUCCUCGAUAGCGCAUACUCCGAACCAUAAAUGUGAUAUCAUCACUUAGCGGUACUAUCAUUUUACUCUUUAUGGAGAUACUGGAGAGUGAGAACUGUUGAAUUGAGUUUGGUGAUAUAAGAAAUAACGCGCAACUCAGUUUUUGUAUACAUGAUUUUGCUCGUCGAAUCGAUUAGAUACGAACGCAUUAUAAAUGCGUUGCAUUUAGGAUGUAAGACGUUAAAUUUUCGGGUCUUUAAGUCUUAAGGAUUUAUAGGGUCCUUAAAUCUUUGGGUUUUUGGAUUUUCCAGUUUGGAUCUUGGGAUCCUUAGGCAUAGGAAUUCUUUCGUUGAUAUGAUGAUCGGAUAUAUAAUUCUCAAAUAUGGAUUACAAAGUGGCGAGUUUAACGAUUCUUGCAUCCAGCCUGAACUCUUAGAAUUUCUGUGUCGAACGAUCCCGGGAUCUUUGGAGUUCUGAUCUCUUGGAAGUUUGAAGCGUGGGAAAGGUAUCAUGUGAUUUCGCGAAUCAGCGAGGAUUUGGAUUCGCUGUAAAGCCCAUUACGGUACUAUACAAAAUUGUACACAACUUAACAAUGCAGUAAACUCGUAAGGAAUCUUAAGACAACACCUAAACACGCUCGGUGUCUAGGAUAGAGACCUUAGUUUUUAGGAUACAGCAUUAAUGGUAAGCAUUAAUUUUGAAAUAAAUGUUUAUUUUUGAAAGCAAUCCUAA